UGCAUCGGUGCUAACGAAAAUAAUCGAGCCAUUCACAAAUGGAUACUGCUACGAUGCAGGGAGAGACAUCAACAUGGCGUGGCUAGGUACACGAAGCAGUCGCACCCACAGCUGCGUCUUCUGCUGCCGCCGUCAUGGCACGGACAAACGAGAUCCCACUGGCGAGGGACAAUGGACCACUGACGGUUCUAUCUGCGGAGCAAACUGCCAACGCAGCACAACAUGUUGCGCCAGUGGAGGGAGCAUACGGUCUUGGAAUAAACAACUUUUGGACCAGCAUGCUAGGGUCCAGCUCGUCAACCGCACAGCCUCAGGUUCCCAUUGACUUGAAGAGCAAUGUGUUUGGAGCCAUGAACCCGUUCGAGGCAAUCGGGACAGGACGUUCGUUCCUGAAGCACUUUGAUGCGCUAUUCAUCAACCAUCUUGACUGCCCUGAAGGGUUUGGAAGUGACUUGGUCAUGGACGUACUGCCUGCUGUUCAUGUACGAGGAGCGUCACCCCUAGUGUUUCAAGUUGGAGUUGAAAUUGUUGGUAACUGCAUUCGCUUGUCAACUGGGUGGAGUUUGUUUGUUGAAUCAGAGAAGAUAGUGAGCGGGGACUAUGGUCUGUUCGUGCUUUCUGCACCCCACACCCUAGAGAUGAAGCUAUUUGAUAGCAAUGGCAACGAGAAACCGAUGUCAGCACGUCCCCCAGCUUGGAAUUUAUUCGUUGCUUAUGGAGAGGAGGAUGGGCAUCCUAACCCACCACCAGCUCAGGAUGAUGUGAAUCUAUAUGCUGGUGCUUUUGCUGAUGGUUACAUAUCAAUAGUGCCUGAGCACUUGCUUGGCAUGCAAUACGAGCUUGGCCCAAAGCUGAUGAUGACUGGUCCACUGAUGCAAGCUCUGAGCGAUGUCUGGAUCAAUUUUGAGACUCACUUCCCACUGUACGCAUGCAAGCUGAACCACAGCCACGUUAACGGUGGGACCUUUUAUUUCACCACAAACUUCUCCAACACGCUUCCAACUGGACACAAGAUUGUCACCCUGUCGCACCCAGCAGACGACCAUCUGUUUGCUGCUACACUGAGGAAGAGAACUGGCAACACAGGACUUGCUCUGAUCAGUGGACCUGGGUGGAAGGAUUUUGUGAAGCACUACGGCUUCCAACUGGGAGACUUAGUGGUGCUUUCCAUCCGUCUCUACCUGGGUCGCCUCUUGGUCCGUGUCUUCCGUCUCCCAAUUGUUUGAGAGACAAGAUCCAAUGAGUACCAUGAAAUACUAUACUAUCGAGCUCGCGUGUACAAGCUCCGUAUGUAUUUCGUGGGAGUAUCUAUCUUAUGCAACUCUGAAUUGGCUAAUGUCAGGAAGUAAGCAAAAAAGACUAGUCCGUAAUGGGUAGUUUAUGUUAUUUCGUCUGAAUUCCAGCGGCCUAUUAGCACCCUAGCUACUAAAAAGGCCAUAACUAUGUAUCCUUGAGUAUCAGAACUGUCAUGUAUCUAUUUAAAAAAACUGUGUACUGUGCGAGCAACAGCAA